AUGGAUGCUUCACAGCCACUAUUAUCGCCCAAUUCCCACAGAGGAAGACCCUUAACUGCUUGGCAACAGGCAAAGACAGAUGUAUUGCGUAUCUUUCUAUCAUCACCAGUCUCUCCGCUAUUGAUAUUCGUACCAUUCGGAUUGGUUUGGGGUUAUGGUGAGUUUUCCCAUACAUGGGUUUUUAUCUUCAACUUCUUGGCCAUAGUUCCUCUAGCUGACGUUUUGGCAAGGGCUACGGAGGAAUUGGCUGAUAAGGCAGGUAGUACUGUUGGAGGUCUGCUGAAUGCAACUUUUGGUAAUGCAGUUGAACUGAUCGUGUCCCUGAUCGCUCUGAAGGAAAGACAGGUUAGAAUUGUGCAAGCCUCAAUGUUGGGUUCGUUACUUUCCAACCUGUUGCUUGUCCUAGGGUUCUGCUUCGUGGCAGGUGGUCACAAUAGAUUGCAGCAGACUUUUAACCAAACCGCCGCACAAACUAUGUCCUCUUUGUUGGCCAUCUCCACAGCAUCGUUGUUGAUUCCUGCUGCAUUUAGAGCUACGAUCCCAAUACACAAGAACCAAGAUUGGAUUGUCGAGAAAAAGAUCCUACAACUUUCUAGAGGGACUUCAUUGGUUUUGUUGGCGGUUUAUGGAUUAUUUUUAUUGUUCCAAUUGCGUACUCAUAGGGCCAUUUUUGAAGAACAAGAGGAGAAUACAGAAGACGUAAGGAGCCAGUUGUCUCAUGUGUCGAAGAAUGACACCUUGAGUAUCAAGUCCUCCCUGGCUUUCUUGUUAGGGGCUACGGUUUUGGUUUCUAUCUGUGCAGAUUUCUUAGUGGGUACGAUCGAUAACGUUGUUGAAUCUACUGGUUUGAGUAAGACUUUUAUCGGUUUGAUCAUUAUACCAAUUGUGGGUAAUGCUGCUGAGCACGUUACCUCGGUUAUGGUGGCUGUCAAAGACAAGAUGGAUCUCUCCUUAAGUGUUGCAAUUGGUUCUUCGUUACAAAUCGCACUUUUCGUUACUCCAUUUAUGGUUCUUGUCGGUUGGUUCAUCGACGUGCCAAUGACACUAAAUUUCUCUACUUUUGAAACCGUAAUGCUAUUCAUUGCAGUCUUCCUUUCUAACAAUUUGAUCCUGGACGGUGAAUCGAAUUGGUUAGAGGGUAUUAUGUCCUUGUCGUUGUACUUGCUAAUUGCAAUGGCUUUCUUCUUUUAUCCCGAUGAACCUGACCACAUAAUAUCCUCAUUACCCUUGGCCGCCAAUUGA